CGUUGCUCCGUUACACCGUCGGUCAGAAAAAAAUUGGCACAAUGCAACUCCAUCCCUUUUCCCCCUUCCUCUUUUCUUUUGGUUUCCUUUCAUUUUUCUUUAUCCUUUCCCUUUAUUCGUCGUCGAUGGCUUCAUUGGAUGAUAUCAGGCAGCAGCAAAAGGUGGACGCCAAGCUUGGAUUGACCGGUCUCGCUACGCAGCUUGGUAUUAAUUGUGCCAUGUCGUUUGGUGUGUUGAUGGCCUUCAACAUCCUGCGACCCAAUAAUUCGUUGGUUUACGCUCCGAAAUACAAAUAUUCCAGUAAAUCCAAGCAACCCCCAGCCAUCGGUACUGGCUUCUUUGCAUGGUUUAAACCUGUCAUGAAGACAGAAGACGAUGUUUUACUGGAUAAACUGGGGUUCGACGUAGUGCUAUUCAUACGAUUCAUGCGGAUGCUGCGGCGACUUCUAUAUAGUAUGACUGCAAUUGGUGUCUUUGUGCUCAUUCCUCUCAAUGUUUUAGCCACGUCGUUCACAGGAGAAUGGCCGCCGUAUCAAGGACUGGAUUUUUUAUCCAUAUCAACCAUCAAUUACUAUGACGGCAAAUUUCAUUCGGACGGCAAUUUAAAGUGGUAUUGGGUCCAUGCGCUGGCGACAUGGGUGUUUUCUUUGCUGAUCUAUCGGUCACUCUGGACGAAUUACCGAGAUUAUGUGGAAUUGCGGCGGCGUUACUUUGAAAGUAAUGAGUACCAGCAAUCGACGCAUGCACGAACCCUCAUGGUGACCAAUGUGCCUGCUGCUCUUCAAUCUGAUCAAGCAUUGGCACGAUGGGUGGACACGUUGGGCCUGAAAUAUCCACCGCAACAGGUGCUUAUUGGUCGGCGGAAUCAUGAACUGGCGAAAUGCGUGGAACAGCAUGAUGCAGCCGUACGAAAGCUGGAAAUUUUGCUAUCAAAUCAUCUCAAAGAUGGUACCGUUAUUAUGGGAAAACGGCCAAUGAUCCGCGUCAAAAGAGGCGAACCCAAAGUCGACGCCAUCGAGUACUAUUCCGAACGAGUGGAAACGUUGAGCGAAAAGAUCAACAAUAUCCGAUCCCACAUCGCUUCCAGCAAAGCCACCAAUUACGGUUGGAUUUCAUACUCUCACGUCAGUUGGGCUCAUGCCAAUGCGAAACAGUUGGCUUCUCGCUCUUCGGUAUUUGGCACCGACAGUCGUAUCCGCAUCGAACUUGCGCCUCAACCCAAGGACAUUGUAUGGAAUAACCUGUCUCUCAAUGAAUACGCACGAAAAAUGAAGCAGCUAGUCGCCACAAUUGUGUUUUACGGCUUUGUAUUUCUGUGGUUUAUUCCUUCCAGUUUUCUAUCCGCUUCGUCGAAUGUCAAGGACUUCAUUCGACUGUUUCCCGAUUCAGACACGUUUCUUGAAAAUCAUCAUACCUUCGUAUCCCUGAUGAGUUCUUGGUUUACGCCCAUUGUCAUGGCCAUCUUUUUUCUCAUUCUUCCAAAAAUGCUACGACUGUUAUCCCAGCAACAAGGUUACACGACCGAAACAAGCUUGGAUCGACAAGUGCUUGCCAAACUUUACAUUUUCUUCAUCAUCAACAACCUGCUGGUGUUUACUGUCUCGUCGACGUUGUUAUCCAUGUAUUCUCAAAUUCACAAAGCCGUGCAAGGCAAACAAGAGCUGACGGCUCAAGAAUUCUUUUCCACCAUGGGCGAUAAUUUAACCCAGAUUGCCAAAAAUCUUAGUGAUGUAUCAGAAUUUUGGGUCAAUUACGUCUCAUUAAAGGGACUCGGUGUGAUCAUGGAACUCGCUCAACUGUUUGCAUUGCUCUCUGUAACGCUAAGGAAAUUGUUUACCAGACCGAGUCCUCGCCAACUGCAAGAGUUUACGCGUCCGACAGCUUUUGAUUAUCCUUUAUAUUACAAUGUACUUAUUUUCUUUUUCACGGUGGGACUGGUCUACUCGGUGAUUGCACCUUUGGUAUUGCCGUUUACCUUGAUGUAUUUAUUACUUGCGACAAUGGUGUUCCGAUAUUUGCUCAUGUAUGUUUUUGUUACAAAGAUCGAAUCAGGAGGUCAGAUUUGGCGUCUUUUGAUCAAUCGGUUAUUGGCCUCCACUUUACUGUAUCAGAUUGUGAUGAUUGGUAUUCUGAACCUGAAAGGAGCACGCGUGCCGUCGGUGAUCACAGUGCCUUUACCCAUCCUUACUCUCCUUUUCAAAUGGUACUGCCGUCGACGGUUUGAUCCUCAGGUCUACUAUUACAUGCCAAGCGUCGAAAAUCACGUGUCGUCUGUCGAUCCAUCCAGAAAAUGGAAUGAAAGCAAGCAUGCAGCCGGUUUACGAUUUGGCGAUCCUGCCUUUUUUGCGGAAUUGCCCAUCCCAAUGAUCCAUGAACGUGUACGCCACCUUAUUCCUCGAUUAUACGGAGCACGACGCCAUCACACGACAGCGAAAACUGUGCAAAGCAAUAUUACACGACAAAAAAGCGUGAGACAUCUUUCGGUACUGGAGGGGAAAAAUGGACAUGCGAUCCAGUUUCAAAGCAUUGCGGAAACGGAGCUUGAAUUGGAUGAUUCCACAGAAGGCGUUCAAGGGCUGUACAAGUUUGAAGACAAUCCGCCAUGCGUAACGCCGUCUACUCCGAUCUCGUCUUUAGCAGUAAAGAAGAAGAACAACAAACCAGAGAAUAAAUACAGUGAUGAUCAACCACUCAUGGGAAAUGAAGAUGAAGAGGAAGAAGAAGAAGGCCAGGAAGACGACGCAUUCCAAGACCAACGAAGUGUUCUGCAGCAUCCAUCCAUGCAAUCUUCUGCAAAUGCAUCAACAAUACUGCAAAGCCCGGACAAUUUCUACCAUAAUAGAGAUAUGGAAUACUUUGUGGCCGGCCGAUCUUAUCGAUGGCAUGAUCCACUCACACUGGAUCGACCCGAUGUAAUUGAAAUGGCUCAUUUAUACCGUGAACGAACCCCGGGGAUGACACCUUCAUGUCCUCCUCCACCUCCUGCUACGUCGCCAAACACCCAACUGUCGUCGUUGAGGCGGCCAUCUAACUAUAGAUGGUAAAUAACUUGUUUCAAGAACUGGCAAAUCCAAAUAAAGCCGAAACAAAAACAUGGAGGGUGUUAUUUAUGUUGUAAAUAAAAGAUUUAUUAUUUUUCGUUUUAUCCUUUUCAGAUAAAUAAAAAACAAAAAUGGAAGCAAG